UUCAAGGACUUUCUCUUAAGAUAUUUACCAAAAAUGGGUGAGCAAACCAGUGUAUUUCCCUCUGAAUUAACAAUUUCCGAGCUAACCACUGUCAUGGUGAUCUCCGAAGGAAAAAAUCGCAACGAAAUCGGGUUCGCCAUCUUGGAUUUGGCAACACAGCCCAUCGUUUAUCUGAACCAAAUUGUGGAUAAUUUCUGGUUUACCGACAUCACGAAGCAAAUUUUGGCCUUUCAAAUCAACGUUCUCAUCGUUCCUGACCUGCUUUUGAAUAAACUUGCACUCCCGAAGUUAUUACAGCUGUUGACUCGAAAAUAUCCUCACAUUCCGCAAGUGCAACAAAACUUCCGAUCGUUCGAUGCACGCAAAGGCGUGGAAUAUACCAAGAAAUUAUGCGUCGAGGAAUACACAGAUCGCGUAAUUUCGAUCGCGGAAGAGAAACCUUUUGCAAUUGCGAGUUUCGCUGCUUUGAUGAAUUACAUCAUGAUCAAUUUUGAAACUUCUUUUGCCCCAAAAACUUUAAGAAUUGAGUUUCUGGCGAAUUUUUGUAAGCUCAGUAUUGAUGUCGACACGGUUUUUCGGCUGGAAUUGAUCAAUCCAGCUUCUUGCACGAUGUCAGGUCGCAAAGAAGCGGUUUCUUUGUUUAAAAUAAUGAAUAGUUGUGUGACAAAAUUGGGCAGCAACACGUUGAGAGCUUUGAUUCUCGAGCCGAUGGCUGAUUUGGGGCAAAUUAUUGAGAAACAAAAUUGCAUUGAGGAGUUGAUUGAGACGAAAAAUUUGCUGCAUUUGAUAAAAACUGCUUGUCGCAUGUUUGCCGUCAAAACUGGCGUCAACGAAUUUUUGGAUGUCCUGCGUUCGUAUUUCACGAAAUAUGUGGAUCAAAUUCGGGAUCACGUGGCUUUGCUGGCAUCUGAGACAAAUUUGCCUUUAAGGAUGAACCACACGAUUCAAAAGGGAUUUCACAUUCAGCUUUUCCUGACGAAGGACAUUCAUAAUCCGAGCAUUCCCGAAAGUCUCGAAGUGCUUCAGCGAACAAAUAAAUGCAUCACAAUGACGGAUGCAAAGUUGUACGACUUGAAUUCGAAAAUUUUGAAAAUUUCGGGAGAAGUUGAUAUCAUGAGUAAUGGAAUAAUCACGGAACUUUACAACAACAUCCGCUCGGAGAUCUAUGUCAUUUACAUGAUUGUCGAUAUCAUCACGGAAAUUGAUGUUCUUGUGGCAUUAGCGCACUUUAGUAAGAAAGUAGGCACUGUGAGACCCAUUUUUGGCAGUGAAACGGAAGUUGUUGAUGCUGUUCAUCCACUUCUUGAUACAUCAUGGAAGCCACGUGCGAUUGUUCCGAACAGUUUUAGCAGCAAUCCCGACUACAACUUCUUCAUAAUAACCGGCAAUAACAUGGCUGGCAAGACAAUCUACAUCAAAAUGAUCGCCACAUUGCAAAUUCUCGCCCAAAUGGGUUGUUACGUGCCCGCUAAAAGUGCAAAAUUUCGAAUGUCUGAUAAAAUCAUGUCUCGCAUCGGUUUCGAAGACAACAUUGAGCAAAAUGCUUCGAGUUUUGCCAUUGAAAUGCGCGAAAUUGAGUUCAUAAUGCUCAAUGUGACGCCCUUUAGUCUCAUUAUCAUCGACGAAUUGUGUCGCAGUACGAAUGUCGAAGAAGCUCAAGUGCUUUCGUGGUCGAUUUGUGAAAAUUUGUUAAAAUAUGUGGGAUUUGUGCCGGGCGAGGAUGCGUUAAAGUCGGGAGAUGUCAGUGCAACUGACGAAAUGAAGGUCCUUAAUGCAAGAGCUCCUUUUGUUUAUGUCACGACACAUUUUGAGCAUUUAUUGAAGUUGACUGAGAAGUUUAUGAAUGUUACGAAUUUGAUAUUGAAGGAUAAUUUUCAUGCAAUGGCUUAUAAAUUGGAAGAUCAAAAAUGUCAUCAGCAACUGAAAUUGGCGAAAACGAUAAAUUUUCCGCAGAGUGUUGUCGAACAUGCAGAACGUCUCUUGAAUAUUCCGGGUCUCAUUAAUCCUGACCCCGAAUUCAUGGCUUUUGCAGGAAAAACUCCCUUCACCGAGUCGACAAGUCACGAAAAAAGUACAAUUUCGAAUAUUUUAUCGGGAGCUGAUGGAAAUGCCAAAGAUUUGUACAAUUUGUAUGCCAUGGUUGCCAAAGUAGCUCGUAAUGAUGACGACGAGGAAGGCCGAGAAGAGCGUUAUUCCACGUUAAAACAAGAAUUGGAGUGCGAAUUGGAACGAAUUUGCAACAAUUUAAGUGACUCAAGCAAUUUCUUUAUUAAUGAUGAUCAUAAUAGUUAUAAUAAAAAUGAUUAA